CACAGCUGUUCAUUGAUAUCAUUCAUCGUAGCACACUAAUAACUGAUAAACGGAGCACAGAUGCUUUGCGAUAAGUUUAUAAUGUUUCAAAAAGUUAUGCUAUCAAUGGCUUUUUAAACAGUAAAAAUAAUUUCCAUAAAAGAAAACAAAAUGUCUAGCUAUUGGGAUGUAUCAAUAAUAGAAGACUCUACGACUUCGCCACAGCGACUCACUGAAAGCUCGGGCGACAGCUUCAAUACCCCAACCAUGGCAGAUUAUGCCGGCAGUUCCAGUGGCGAAUUGCCAACGGCUUCCAUUAUGCAUGAUGCUUCCAACUCAAGCUAUUGGGAUGUAUCAACAAUAGAGGACUCUACGACUUCGCCACAGCGACUCACUGAAAGCUCGGGCGAUAGCUUCAAUACCCCAACCAUGGCAGAUUAUGCCGGCCGUUCCAGUGGCGAAUUGCCAACGGCUUCCAUUAUGCAUGAUGCUUCCAACUCAAGCCUCGAUUUCAACACUUUUACGCGCAACCGUUUUCAAACUAUCAGUCCAACGAUUGAUCUGACUGAUCUAUGUGAGGUAUAUACUCCGCCUCCGCGAUCUGCCCGAUCGUUGGUGCCCGAUGUCAUCAUUGAUUUGUGCACACCGGAAGCUUCCGGUCGCCGUCAACAGGUGGAUAAGCGCAACACCAGCGUCGAGGAGCCAUACAAGUGUCCUGUUUGCUUGGAAAGUGUGCUGAAGAAGGAGCCAUCGUCCACGCGUUGCGGCCACAUCUUCUGCAAGAUAUGCAUCCAAGCCGCCGAGCACGCAACACACAAGUGCCCCCUGUGCAACAAGAAGAUUUCCCGGAACUCCAUAUUUCGCAUUUACAUAUAAGGCUGGCACACGCACACAUUAUGCAUCCAUUCAUUUUAAAGACUUAAGCCAUUUAUUCGAUUCAUAUAUAUGUACGGCAAACGAAUGCGUUGUUCCUUGAUUAUUUCUCAGUAUUUGUAUUGUUAAUUUCCGAUAAGCAAAAUUAUAACUACAAUAAACGAAUUAGUUUGAA